AUGGUAUCCCUCAACAUUUUCUCAGCUGCAUUUGUUGCCUCUCUCGCGUCUGCCGUCUUCGCAGCCCCAUCUGCUCUCGAGCGACGGGCUGCCCCUGACAACACGGUUUGGGUGACCAGUGUAGCGGACCACUGCCUUAUUCUUCCCCGCCAUAAGAUGAGUGUGGGUGACAGCGAGUCUCCCGGCAACAUGAGGUCUUUCUGCACAAAGCCAUACAGCUCGAAGCAAGGUCAGCUUGCUUCUGACUUCUGGACUAAAGCCCACUUCAAGAAGACAGACAAGUAUGUCCAGAUUACGGGCUGCAUCAACCCGAACGUGCAGUCAACUCUCUUGUCAAAUGAUGAAGGUGGCCAGUAUGACUCGAACGGUGGUGAAGGCGGUCGUGGCAACCCUGCUGGCUCCGUGUGUCUGGGUUAUUCAUCUUAUGUCGAGCUGGUUGAGCCUGCGGGUAACCGUGCCUGUAUCCGUUGCUGCUAUGACCCAAGCGAUUGCGACGUCAGUCAAGACGAGGCUGGCUGUGAGACAGUCAUCCCCGGCAAGUACGACUGCUAA